UUGACUUUUUUACUUUGUUCCUCUACUGUGUAAAUAAUGUAAUUAAAGUUCUGUACAUCUAAGUAGAAAGAGCUUUACAUUUGUUCAGAAUGUGUUUAUUCAGGAUUACUCUGUUCCUGUGGCUGUGGCGUCUAAGUAGAACAUCUGAAGAGACCCAACUGAAAACAUUGACAACUGGAGAAGCACAUGUCAUUCAGUUCUGCCCCAAUCAUACAUUGAAUGACAUAAUGUUCGUUAUAUGUAAAAUAAGUGGGGGGCAGAAGUGUCAGGUAUCAUUACGGUUUGACCAAAAUUAUACAGAUAGCAACUGUGACUCCAGGGUCACACUACAGACAGAGAAAGGUGAAGUGUUUCUACACAUCAGCAACAUACAACCAUCUGAUGAAGGGAACUACACCUGUGAAUGUUCAUAUAAUGGAGGAAGAGAUGUUUUAUAUCUUAAUAUUUCUGUCAAUGCAUCACAGGUGGUUGAGGAAACAGGCACUUCCGGAACUCUCUUUUCUAUAAUGAUAAUUGGCUUCACUGCAAUUGUAGUUGUAAUUUUCCUCACUGGCAUCAUCAUGAAGACAGUUAAAUUCAGCAGGAGAACACAGCAAGACGUGAGUGACACCUUCAAAACGAAGAUGGACACUAUAUUCUUUGAGGAGGGUCAACUUUACACCGUUGGAGUUUACGCAGCUCUACCAUUGCCACAUCCUCACCACUGACACUGACAGCAUGGACCAAUGCCCUGGACUAACCUGCCCUGGACAUACAUCUCCAGCCAUACAUUACAUUAAGAUAAUCAAAGCAAUUCAUGGCUACUCAUGCUCUUAAAACAUUUGGUCCUCGACAGCACCCUCUCUUGGAUCAGCAUCAGUCCAACACCCAGGGAGAACCAUCUGGCCUGGGGCUGUAAAAGGGGGUCCUUAAACACAGCCUGGAUUUCACCCCUUGACGAGGAACACAUGUUCUCAAUCAGCCCUCUUCUGGGGAGGAUAAAUGGCCCCAAAAGAACUCUGGGAAGCGGUGGAAGAAGCUGAAAGAAAAUAUUGCAUGUUUUAUGUUAAUCUA